AACUGAAGUGAAGGCAUGUGUAGGCAGGCGGGACCAAGAGCCACUUUCAACCAGUCAGAAAAAUACACACCAAUCUCUGUAUUUCUGGAACAGACUGACUCUGUAAGACUUGAGGAAAAUGACAGCCUUGAAAUCUUCCUCACUGCUAAGGUCCUGCGCUCUCAGCCUCGGAUCUGUCGAUGCAUUUAAACAAAGCAAGACUUUGAAACUAUGGAGCUCAAGUUUACUCCGCUGGUGCAGGUCUCUCCAUGUGGACAGUCCUCCUCACAUACCCUCUAUGACCACCAGCUAUGUCCAUGGUACCUCCUCUGCCUCACUACUCUCCCUAACUGUAAGCCAGGGUCUGGAUUGGGCGGUCCAACGCUGGCCCGAUCGUGAAGCUGUGGUCUUCCUGCAGGAUGGCAUACGGAAAACCUUUUAUCAGUUUCAGCAAGAUGUAGACACGAUGGCUGCAGGUCUGCUUGCUCUGGGCAUGACGAAAGGUGACCGACUGGGAAUUUGGGGACCCAACUCAUAUGAGUGGAUUGUGUUCCAGUUUGCUACAGCGAAAGCUGGAAUUAUACUGGUUUCCCUGAAUCCAGCCUAUCAGGUGAAGGAAGUGGAGUUCACACUAAAGAAGGUCCAGUGUAAAGCUGUGGUCUGCCCUUCUCACUUUAAAACACAAAACUUCUGUGAGAUGCUGAGGGAGCUCUGCCCCGAAAUCGACAAUAUGCCAGCAAGCAUGAUCAAAAGCUCCAGGGUUCCAGACUUGCGUAUGGUGAUUGUGACAGACAGCAGACAGCCAGGGAUGCUCCACGUAGAGGACGUCAUGCAAGCGGGGGAAAGUCGGCACCACAGCGAGCUUAUGGAUCUGCAGAGCAAGCUGUCCUUCGAUGACCCCAUCAACAUUCAGUUCACAUCGGGGACUACUGGCAGUCCAAAAGGAGCAGCUCUUUCCCACCACAAUAUUGUCAACAAUGCCUACUUUAUCGGCCUCAGAGUGGGUUAUGGAUGGAGACCUCAGGUACGAGUAUGUGUGCCUGUACCCAUGUACCAUUGCUUCGGCUCUGUGUUGGGAGGGAUGUGUAUGGCGGUGCAUGGUGUCACUCUGGUCUUUCCUUCAGCUGGGUACAACAGUCAAGCCAACCUGGCUGCCAUACAGAGCGAAAAGUGCAAUUUCGUCUAUGGUACUCCUACAAUGUUCACUGACAUGCUGAGCCAACAAGUUAUACAUAAGUAUGAUAUGUCGUCAGUUGAAGCUGGAAUUAUGGCAGGUUCUCCAUGCCCUUCUGAGGUUGUGAGAAAACUGAGAGCAGACAUGAACAUGAAAGAGAUAACGAUAGGAUAUGGAACCACUGAGAAUAGCCCGAUUACAUUUCUGGGAUUCCCACAUGACAAUGACGAGCUGAAGACAGAUACUGUUGGAUGCAUAAUGAGCCACACAGAGGCUAAAGUGGUGGACCCAAAUACCGGGGAAAUAGUCCCUGUGGGGGCCUCAGGAGAGCUGCUGGUCAGAGGCAGCUGUGUGAUGUUGGGAUACUGGGAUGAGCCCCAGAAAACCAGUGACGCCAUCUGCCAAGCUCGCUGGUACAGGACUGGUGACACAGCCAGUCUGAACAGUCUUGGGUACUGCCGCAUCGAAGGCCGUAUGAAGGAUCUGAUCAUCCGAGGAGGGGAGAACAUCUACCCAGCUGAAAUAGAACAAUUUCUUUUCACUCAUCCAAAAGUAAUGGAGGUGCAGGUGGUUGGAGUGAAAGACGAAAGGCUAGGCGAGCAGGUGUGUGCCUGCAUCAGACUGAAGGAGGGCCAUACUUCCACUGCAGAGGAGAUAAGAGCAUUCUGCAAAGGCCAAAUCGCUCACUUCAAGAUCCCACACUACGUUUUCUUUGUGGACAGCUACCCUCUGACAGCCUCUGGAAAGAUCAAGAAGAAUGUAUUGAAGGAGAAAAUGGAGAAGAAACUAGGCCUUUAAUUUGGUUGAACGUGGUGGACUUGCAGAGCUGUAAUGUAAACCCAUACAGACUGAAUACUUUCCUUUAGACCAUGAAAUGAAAUAUUUAAAAAACUGUUGGACUGUCAUGUUUGUAACUUACAUUCUGACCUUAUAACUUUGAAUCUUUUAAUGUUUAUAUUAAAGCAGAUUUUACAUCAUG